UUUUUAAAUUUUAUUUUUCUUCAUUGACUGUAUAAAUUCCUUUCAUACACCAUACCGAUCAAUCAUUUAAAACCUAAUUUAUGAAUUCUCGAAGGACAAUUCUUAACUGUUGGUGGCCGCAAUAACAAUGGCGGAGAUAUGCAGUACGGGGGUGGUGGGUGAGAUCAGCGGCGAUGACAGCAGCGGUAGAGCGGCUAGGAGGCGGAGAAUGGAGCUCCGCCGCGUCAGGCUGGAACCAGAUGGUGUUAAGCGUCGUCGUUUAGACCUCGGCGAUUGCGAUCAGAGUGAACGCCAAUUGGCGUUCCCAAACAUCGUCGGCGGCGAUAAACCACCGAAAUUCGGAAUCGCCUCCGUCUGCGGGCGGCGGCGGGAUAUGGAAGACGCCGUCGCUGUCCACCCUUCCUUCUGUGAACGAUCGGAACACGAAAUUACCAGUCCAGCUCUCCACUAUUUCGGCGUCUACGACGGCCAUGGAUGCUCUCAUGUAGCUACAAAGUGUAAGGAGAGGCUGCACCAGAUGGUGAAGGAAGAACUACGUGUGGUGGACGAUGAUGAUGACAAAGACGACGUCGUUUCGGAGGGCAGAAUGAAUACUAGGGAUGUGGAGUGGUGGAAGUGCGUGAUGGGGCGAAGCUUCACUCGCAUGGACAAGGAAGCUGUUGCAAUAUGUAACCGAAACGACGACGAUCGUGUGGCCACCUGCCGGUGCGAGCUCCAGACGCCGGAGCGAGAAGCCGUCGGAUCGACGGCGGUGGUCGCCGUUGUCACUCCGGACAAAAUCGUCGUGGCUAAUUGCGGCGACUCCAGGGCGGUGCUCUGCCGCAACGGCAAGGCUGUGCCUCUGUCCACCGACCACAAACCGGAUCGGCCGGACGAGCUUAGCCGGAUUGAGGCAGCGGGUGGCCGAGUAAUUUAUUGGCAGGGUGCUCGAGUUCUUGGAGUUCUCGCCAUGUCUAGAGCCAUUGGAGAUAAUUAUUUGAAGCCGUAUGUCAGCUGCGAACCUGAGGUAACGAUGACAGACAGGACAGAAGAGGACGAGUGCUUGAUUUUGGCGAGCGACGGGCUGUGGGACGUGGUGUCCGAGGACACUGCUUGCGGCAUUGCACUUAUGUGCCUCAAAGGGGGGACAACGGCUGCGCCGCCACCACCACCACCACCACUGCCCUCGCCGGAAAGUGAGAGCUCCGACAAGGCUUGUAACGAUGCGUCAAUGCUGUUGACAAAGCUGGCCUUGGCCAGGAGAAGUUCUGACAACGUCACUGUUGUUGUCGUUGAUCUCACGACGAAGCCCUCGUGAAUGUGGACCUCUCUCUCUCAUGGCGUCCGUUUUAGUUUUUCGUUACUUGGUACUUUUUUUUUCUUUUACUUUUUUUUCCCCUCAUGAAGAUAGAAAAAUGUCGAAAAUCCGUCCUCCUUCAAAAUAGUGUAAUACUGAAAUAUUCUGGACCUUGUAAAUAUCCACAAUUUACUUUCCUUAAACGUUUGACUCU